AUGGAAGGGGAAGUUGAUACGGUACUUGGGGUUCUUUCUACUUAUGAAGUGGCUUCGGGUCAGAAACUGAAUAUGGAUAAAUCAGAGGUGUCUUUUAGCCGAAAUAUUAAGCAAGAACGGAAAAAUAUGCUUCAGAUGAAGUUGUCUUAUAAGGUUGUCGAGGGACAUGAUAAAUAUCUCGGUUUGCCAACCUACAUUGGUGGAUCGAAGAAACAGUUAUGGAGUAAUAAGGAGUGGGACUUGAAUAUUCUUAAUGCUAAUUUUUCUGAGAUAGAGUCGUGGCAUUUUACCAAGGAUGGGAACUAUUCGGUGAGAAGUGCGUAUAAUUUAAUCGCUGAUGAGCAAAUGCGUGAUAUGGCUGUUACAUCGAAUAGUGGGAGUUCCUUUGAUUGGAGAGUGAUUUGGCGUGCCGAAAUUCCACAAAAAAUCAAACUGUCUGCGUGGAGGACUAUUAAGGAUGCUGUGGCUGCCCAUAGUAUUCUUGCUCGUAGAGGUAUGGAGGUUGAUGUGCUUUUUCCUAUGUGUGGUGAAUGCUGUGAGAGUACACUGCAUUUGUUAGUAAAAUGUGAAGAAGCAAGAUGGGCUUUUGAUAGGAAAAGACUUGACAAAAAUGAAGUGAUUCGCAAAGCUGUGUGUCUCGUGGGUGAGUUCGAACACGCCAAAGAGGUAUGCAAUAGCAAUUCUCCCUCUCCGAUUCUUGAGUGUGUGUGGAAACCCCCCUUGGCCGGGUUAAUCAAAAUAAAUUUCGAUGCUGCGAUUUUUUCUCCUAGUGGGGUGGGUUUGAGAGGUGUAAUGCGUGAUUCGGUCGGGGAUGUGGUAGCUUCUACUUGUUGCAAAGUUGAAGGCUGCUUUGAUGUGGAUGUGGUGGAGGCCUUAGCGAUGCGCCAUUCUCUAAAUGUUGCAAUGGAGUCUGGGUUUAGGCAUGUAUGCUUAGAGACGGACUGCUUGAAGUUUCACCACCAUCUUAUGAAAGGAGUGACUACCUCUACGGCUUUUGGGAUGAUUGUUAAUGACAUAUUGAAGCUUGCUCAAUUGUGCCAGAGUUUCUCUUUUUCCUUCGUGAAGAGAGGUGGAAACAAAGUUGCUCAUGCCCUUGCUAAGUGUAGUAUCAAUUUUGUUGGUUUUAUAGUUUGA